AUGGCAAGCAAAAGACGUGAAGAUAAAGGCGGCUGGGAGAAGCUAAAAGGAAUAAAAAUGUUGAGCAUGAAAGCGCGCGCGGAUGUGGUCUGCUGUAAAUCAGUAGGAACUGAUCUGUCCAUGCUGGAUAUUGAGGAUUUCAUCACAGAAAUCUGUCAGCUGAAGAAAGAGGUGGCUUCACUGGAGGCAAAGCUGAGAGAAAGAGGAGACAAACUGAACAGAGAGAUGACAGCGCUGGUUCAUCUUCUGAUAGAGAAAAUGCCUCCACAUCCAAAGAAUGACAGCGCUGGUUCAUCUUCUGAUAGAGAAAAUGCCUCCACAUCCAAAGAGCAAAGGACAGUGACGGACUGUGGAGAAACAUUCAGCAAACACGGUCAUUUAGUGAGACAUGAGAGAAAACACACAGAACAGAAAGACUUCACCUGCAAGAUAUGCAACAUCAGUUUUCCGACCUUCAAAGAGAAAACACUUAAUUCAAAGGAGCACAGCGUGAAGAAGGAGUUUCGCUGCGAACAGUGCGGGAAGGAUUUCUUCACCACUCUUAAUAAUAUGAGAGCUCAUAUAAAGGGACACAGUGAAAAGUCUUUUCAGUGCAACGAAUGUAACAAGUUUUUCCGCAACAAACGAGAUCUUUCUGUUCAUAUGAGAAUUCACACGGGUGAAAAACCAUAUCAGUGCCCUCAAUGCGAGAAGAGCUUCAGCCGUCGAUCUCUUUUGAAGAGACAUCUACUCACACACAGCAAGGAGAGGCCGCAUCAGUGCAGUGAAUGUGGAAAAACUUUUGUAAUCUCAGCUUAUCUAAAGGUACACCAAAAAAUACACUCUGAUGACAAACCAUAUCAGUGCCCUCACUGCGAGAAGAGCUUCAAACAUGGAAUCAGUCUGAAGAACCAUCUAUUAAUGUACACCAAUGAGAGACCGCAUCAGUGCAGUCAAUGUGGGAAAACUUUUACAAACUCAGCUUCUCUAAACUCACACCAAAGAAUACACUUUGACAAACGGUAUCAGUGUUCACACUGUGAGAAACGUUUCUAUCAUUUGAAUAAUCUGAAAACCCAUGAGCGGACUCACACCGGAGAGAAACUGUACCUGUGCUCCGACUGCGGGAAGAGCUUCGCUAGUUCAUAUACUUUCAAAAUUCAUCAGAGAGUUCACACAGGAGAAAGACCGUAUCCCUGUAGUGAUUGUGGGAAGAGUUUCUAUAAGCUAAGUGGCUUAAAAGUGCACCAGAGGACUCAUACAGGAGAAAAACCUUUUAAAUGCUUAUAUUGUGACAAGGCUUUUGCUCAAGCUGGUUACCUGAAGAUCCAUGAACGAAUGCAUACAGGAGAGAAACCUUACUGCUGCUACAUCUGUGGCAUGAGAUUCUCUUAUAAAUGGAGUUUUCAGACACACAAGAAGAAACACGCUGCUCCAGAAUCAUCAUAGCUUCAUCAUGUAAUUAUUUUUAGGUUGUGUAAAAAACACCUUGCAGUGUUAGGGGAACAUUA